AUGUUUCUUUCAAUAAUUAAUGAUAGUUUUCGUCAUGCGAAAGGCAAUCAAGAAGAAGAUCAAAUUAUAUUAUCGUUUAUGCUAAAGAAAUUUUUACGAUGGACAGGAUUGAAGAAACCAAGUGAAUCAGAAAUUCAAGAAGAGAAAGAUUCUCGAAUGCGUUCACAAUAUUUUCAUCCAACUGACAAUUUUGCCGAUAGAAUUGAUCAAUUAUUAGAAGCACUUGAUAAAAUUUAUGUCGAUCAACAAGCAGAUUUAUUAAGAUUGAAAAAAGCUGGAGUUUAA